ACUAGACAUGUUGCACGACGUCGACCAAACGAUUUUCUAACGAUAUGAAACAUCAACAAGGUAUUGUAACGGACAAUAGACGUUAGUAAUAUUAACAAAUAUACACAAAUGUAUGUUUAAAACGUCAUUUAAAUGUUUUAUUUCCGUAAUAUGUUGUCGUUCACGUUGUUUUUUAGAGACAGAUAAACUGCGUUCAUUCAAACAUUUUAAAAACACAGCAUCACUCGGUGUUAACUGUCGGACAUAAUAACGUCACACAUUGUGUUGCCUGGCUUGUUUCAGUCAGUAACGUUAAGUCAAGUAGCCUUUGACAGAGCAGACAUGGCCGCCAGCAACAGUGUGGACAUGGACCCAGAUGUUGCUCUGAGGCUGUUCGAGGAGGGUGCUACCCUGGUGCUGCUGGGUGUCCCUCGGGGCACAGAGCUGGGGAUUGACUGCAAGAGCUGGCAGGUUGGUCCCCGCUUCAAGGGUGUGAAGAUGAUCCCCCCAGGCCUGCACUUUCUCCACUACUGCUCUGUGAACUCUCCAAGCUGUGGAGGAGAAAUUGGCCCAAAGACAGGCCUCUUCCUCACUCUCAAACCCAGAGACAUCCUGCUGGCCAACUGGGAUCCCCAAAAAGAGGAUCUGGACUUCUCAGCCUCCCAGAAUGAAGAGGAGGUGAGCCGGAUCAGAGCCACCUUACGAGACCUGGAUCCUCACCUGGGGCCUUAUCCGUAUGAGGUGAUGAGGAAGUGGGUGUCCCUCACUGACCGUCUGAGCGAGGAGGUGGCCAAUAAUUUGCAGCCUCUUUCAGGUCGAGUGUGUGCCUUCAGCGACGUCAUCCCUGAGCUUCAGCUCAGACACACCAAAGACAGGGCGGAGCAGCCGAGGAAUGACACAGCCUGCCAGAGCAUGAAAGAGGGGCUCGACAGGCUCCCCAGGAUGAAGCAGAGGGAGGGAACGGAGCUGCGCUUCUCUGACAUCCCCAAGAAGACCUACCCUGCUGGGGCUACACCGGCAGAGAUCACCCAGUGCAGCCUGGACCUGAGCUAUGCCCUGGAGACUGUGCUGGAGAAGAACUAUGAGCUGCAGCCUCUCAACCUGCUCGGUGAGAUGCAGUUUGCCUUUGUGUGUUUCCUGAUUGGAAAUGUUUACGAGGGCUUUGAGCACUGGAAGAGACUCCUUGCUCUGCUGUGUCGAUCAGAGGAGGCGAUGCGAAAGCGCAAAGAGCUCUAUCUGGGGCUCAUCGGCGUGCUUUACCACCAGCUCGGAGAAAUCCCGCCUGACUUCUUUGUUGACAUCGUGUCUCAGGACAACUUCCUCACCUCCACACUGCAGGACUUUUUCCAGUUUGCCAGUGGACCCGGUGUAGACGGCACGCUGCGUAAGAGAGCCGAGAAGUUCAAAGCCCACCUGACCAAGAAGUUUCGCUGGGACUUCGAUGCAGACUUGGACGACUGCGCCCCGGUGGUGGUGGAGCUGCCUGAAGGUGUGACAGUGGACUGAGAUUUGAUGAUGGACUCAGUGUAUACAGUGGAACCGUGAGUGGGAAACUGAGUGAUCUGACAGCGAAGGAGACCAGUGAAGCUUGGUGUUUAACACUAAAGGUUCUCAGAGCGCCAAAGUCCUCCAAAUGACCACACACUCUCAGUUCAGUAACACCAGUAAUGCUCUAACAGUGUGUGUUGAUGGUGUUACAUGUGGGCUGUAAAACAUCAUCUCAUAUAUGUACACAAUUUGUACUCAUUUGUGGAGAAAUCAAACAUGUCAUCCUAAGUGUUCAGCUAUGGCAGGAAGCAGUAUACUAAAUGUCAGUGCUGACCUCUGGUGGUGAUUUUUGCUCACUUCAGAGUUGUCUUGAUAGUUCAUGAACCCCAAUUGCAACACAUUUAUUGCCAAAAUCUACCACCUAGAAUUUAUUAAUCUCACUUUAGUUAGAGAGUUUAUUAAUGGCUGUGCUAAGAAUUAUCUAGACAAUGUCAUACACAAAGCUGUUGUCUUCAUCAAUGCUGGAGAACUUACAUGUUUUGGAUGGAUGAAGAAACACUGAGUAUAACCUAAAUUUCACCAAACCUCUAGAAGAAGUCUAGACAUGCAGGAUUUUCCUUGAAGAAAACAAAAGUAUAAUAAUGCAUGAGGGCUAUACUGAAUAUUUCAAAUUUUCAAAGCUUCAUUGAAAAAAUUGACACUGGAAUUGUAAAUCAACAUUUGAAUGCUGUCCCUAGCUUUUUUAUUUCCCUGCAUCACACUGUUUGUGUAGGAUUGUUUUCCGACUCGUGAUCCAAACACUUCCAAUAGCUCCAGAGUGUUGUAAAUUCCAAAAUCAAAAAUUUAUUGGGAAAAAAAGAAAUAAUUUCAAAAAUUAACGACAUGUUCUUAUCUAACAAAAAUAUUCUGCUUUAAUCCAUACUUGUUGGAAUUUAGCGGUCAAAAAACUGUUUGUUCUUCUCCUUCCUGCACAAAAAGGGAGGAGUGCGCCUGUAUGAAUAGGGUGAUCCAGCAGGAGCUGCUCUAACAAUAUUAAUUAGUGAACACUCACUCAUUUAAUCCAAUUAAUUACUUUAUUUGAAUUCAGGAUUUUUGGGUGAUGCGUCUUCCUUUGAAAACCUCAAUAGAAGCUUCGCUUAUGAAAAAAAUGGCAUGUAGCACAGCCCUAAUUUCAUUACCAUAGUGGUUCUAGAACUCUUAUAUUAAAAAUAAAAUAUGCUUUAUUAAUAAAUCAUUUUUGUUGCCACAGUUUAGAAAAUUCCAAAGCCAUGGUUUCUAAUGGUAAACUGGUCAAACACAAAAAUGACAUGAGUAUUUUCUGUAGAACUUUUCUUAAACCAAGUUUUAUAUGAUUUAUUGGAUUAAAAUUCCCUCGAAUAAAAACACUUUUGAUAGAAAA